AGGACUUCUAGCGCAUGCGCAAAUGUACUUGAAGCGAAACAAAAAGACGAAGACCGCAUGCUAUGGUCGCUCGGAGAAUUUUAGUAUUGACGAUCUUAAAGUCAUAUGAUUCACAGCAAAUAUAGCAACACUUAUCUCAAGUCGUGUUUUCUAAAGCCACGAAACUUGCAUUGAGUUUGGAGCGAUAUCUGAAGUGAAGAUUGAAGACGUGAUAGAAGAUGGACGACUACUGCUAUGCUAAGAUGGCGACGUCAUGUCAAAGAGAACAUUCCAGCAAAUCACCAACGGAGAUAAAGACCAAAACUACAGAUGAAGGAAGACGUGUUGGUGGGAUUGAGGAGGUCUUCGAAGUAUUUCUUCCACCGAUCCACAACAUCCGCAGUCGAGGUCAGCAAAACACCAUCGUCACCAUACACGGUGUUGACAGUGCACUGCUUCCCCUUCCUGAGGCGGCGGAUGGUGGUCCAGAAUCGCUUCGAAGCCGUCCGGAAGUCAUUUUCUAUGGCUUCCCUGAACUCUUCCCAUGUCCGAGUUUUUGCCUCCGCGACCGCUGAAGCUGCACACCGCUUGCCUCUGGAGUCCUAUGAGCCAAUAGAACUCGAUUGGACUCCUUCAGCUUCACGGCAUUCCUCACCGCCAGUGUCCACCAACGGGUUCUAGGAUUACCGCCACGACAGGCACCAACAACCUUGCAGGCACAGCUCCAAUCAGACGCCUCGUCAAUAGAGGUGCAGAACGUGGUCCACUCGGACUCAAUGUCCAGCACCUCCCUCGUGACAUAUUCAACAUUUUUCGAAAGGUGGGAAUUGAAACUCUCUCCGACAGGAGACUCUGCCAGACGUUCCCAGCAGACCCUCACAAUGCGUUUGGGCCUGCCAGGUCUGUCCGGCAUCCUCCCCCACCAUGGCCGCCAACUCACCACUGGAAAGCCCCCUGACAACAUAGCUCCUAGGAUCAUUGGGACACGCAAACUCCUCGACCAGGACGUCCAGCAGCUGAUGGGUAAUCCAGAAGAAGUUUCCCCUCAGUCCACUUUGAAGCAGGAGACUCCACAACCACCCUGCAUUAAAAAGGAAGAGGAGGAACUCUGCAUCACUCAGGAGGGAGAGUGUCUUCUAGGACGAGAGGAAGCUGAUUACACCAACUUUCCACUAACAAUUGUCUCUGUGAAUACUGAAGAUGAUGAAGAGAAACCACAAGUAGACAACCUCUUAGCUCCACUAUCAGAUAGUGAGGCUGAAGAAGAGGUUAAAGAUUCUUUGAUCAGCGAUACAGACUGUGAAGGUGAUAUGAGGACUCACACUGACAACAAACACUCUGAAUGCUCUACAAAGAAGAGAGACGUCCAGCAGCUGAUGGGUAAUCCAGAAGAAGUUUCCCCUCAGUCAGGGGGGAGCUCCACUUUGAAGCAGGAGACUCCACAACCACCCUGCAUUAAAAAGGAAGAGGAGGAACUCUGCAUCACUCAGGAGGGAGAGUGUCUUCUAGGACGAGAGGAAGCUGAUUACACCAAGUUUCCACUGACUGUUGUCUCUGUGAAGACUGAAGAAGAUGAAGAGAAACCACAAGUAGACAACCUCUUAGCUCCACUAUCAGAUAGUGAGGCUGAAGACGAAGUUGAAGAACCUUUGAGCAGCGAUACAGACUGUGAAGGAGAUAUGAGGACUCACACUGACAACAAACGCUCUGAAUGCUCUGCAAAGAAGAGAGGUGAAACAUGUUUGAGCUGCUCAGUUUGUGCUGAAAGUUUUACUAAAAAGAGCCAUUUGACUGAACACAUGAGAACACACACAGGUCAAACAACAUUUAAGUGUUCAGUUUGUGGCAAAAGCUUUUCUCGAAAUAGCUCUUUGACUCAACACAUGAGAACACACACAGGUGAAAAAACAUUUAAGUGUUCAGUUUGUGGCAAAAGCUUUUCUCGAAAUAGCAUUUUGACAGAACACAUGAGAACACACACAGGAGAAAAAACAUUUACCUGUUCAGUUUGUGCCAAAAGCUUUUCUCAAAAUAGCCAUUUGACGCAACACAUGAGAACACACACAGGUGAAAAAACAUUUACGUGUUCAGUUUGUGGCAAAAGCUUUUCUAGAAAUAGCAUUUUGACUCAACACAAGAGAACACACACAGGAGAAAAAACUUUUACGUGUUCAGUUUGUGGCAAAAGCUUUUCUCACAAUAGCCAUUUGACUCAACACAUGAGAACACAUACAGGUGAAAAAACAUUUAAGUGUUCAGUUUGUGGUAAAAGUUUUUCUCAAAAUAGCUAUUUGACUCAACACAUGAGAACACACACAGGAGAAAAACCAUGUAAUUGUUCAUUUUGUGGCAAAAGCUUUUCUCAAAAUAGCCAUUUGGCGGAACACAUGAGAACACACACAGGAGAAAAACCAUUUAAUUGUUUAGUUUGUGGCAAAAGCUUUUCUCUAAGUGGCAUUUUGACUCAACACAUGAGAACACACACAGGUGAAAAAACAUUUAAUUGUUCAGUUUGUGGCACAAGCUUUUCUCAAAGUGGCAAUUUGACUAGACACAUGAAAACACACACAGGUGAAAAACCAUUUAGUUGUUCAGUGUGCGGUAAAAGGUUCCCACAUAAAGCAGAUGCAGUAAAACACACAAGAACACACAAGGGAAAAUAAGCAAUUAGUUGUUUAGUUUGUGGUAUGUUGCUCAUAUGUGGCGACAUCCACCCUACCCAGGACCUCCUCACUGCUUCUUUCACUAAUAUCUGAGGUAUUCAUACAAACUUGGAUUAUUUGAAACAUAAUCUUAUCUACUCAUGACCCCAUGUCUUCUCUGUAUCUGAAACCUUCCUGAACAGUAAGAUAGAUGAUACUUCAAGUGCUUGGUUACUCCUUCUUCAGUCCAGGGACCUGGGGCCUCAUGUGUCAAGUUUGUGCACGCUCAAAAACCUGCACUACACCCUUUUUUACUGCAAAGUUGAAAUGUAAAAUGCAGCAUGAGACACUGCACACUGAUAUAGUUCUGUGAAAAUGAUUGUCUUCUGUGCAAAUGUAAAGAAAGUGAACAGUGUGUGAUUUACUGCAAUACUGUCAGUCUUUCAACUUUUUAUUUGUGCUUUGUUGAAAUUGUUCACACAUUGCACUGCUUUUAUUUUUCUAUCAAUACACAUUAUGUCUAGAAGACAGGAAGUAACUCAACACUCUUGAAUAGUUUCUACCUCAGUGUGUAUGGUUUGUUGAGUUAGCACAGGAUUAAUAUGUGGAAAUGACAAAUGAGGUAGUUGAUACAUAGAAUAGUUUUUAUUCAUGCUUUAUUUUGUUUGUUGUUCACUCCUAGAUGGGUUGUGACUUAAAGUUUAUUAUAGACAGUGAGAUUAAGUCUUAAGUUCAUUGUGUUCUUCAAGGUCUUUUUGAAAAUGCACCAUUUUUUUCUUCUAAAUGUUCAACUAACUUGAAGUGUUUGGCAAGGGGAUUAGUUGUGUUGUGUACAUUUUCAGAAUGUGUUUGUUUUAUUUUUGGCCAAAGUAAAACAAAGAAAACAAUCUGAAGUUGUCAUAGUCAUUUUUUUAAGUGAUCAUAAUAAUAAUAAUAACAAUAAUAAUAAUAAUAAUAGGGGCGGAAUGAGGUAGUGGGUAGAGCGGCUGUGCCAGAAACCUGAGGGUUUCAGGUUCGUUUCCCACCUAUUGACAUCCACAUCGCUGCCGUUGUGUCCUUGGGCAGGACACUUCACCUUUGCUCACACUGGUGAAUGAAUGAUGAAUGAAUGAUUGGUGGUGGUCGGAGGGGCCGUAGGCGCAAACUGGCAGCCACACUUCCGUCAGUCUACUCCAGGGCAGCUGUGGCUACAGAUGUAGCUUACCACCACCAGGUGUGAAUGAACGAUGGGUUCCCACUUCACUGUGAGCGCUUUGAGUAUCCAACAAUAAAAAAGCGCGAUCUAAAUCUAAUCUAUCGUUAUUAUUAUUAUUACUUUGGCCAUUUUUGGCCAAAGUGUUCAUUUUAUUUUAUUUUUUUACUCCCUCUCAUAACACAGUGUCUACUGAAAUUUUUAAUGUAUAAAACAUUAUUGUCAAGCAAAAUGUACCAUGUUUAUGUUCAAUUGUACAUGU